CAUUGCAAAUGGAGUUGAUACAAAAGCUAUAUUUUUAACUUUCUAAGGAAAACGCUGUCUAUCGUCAAUGUAGUCAGCUUGACAGCUGUGUAGCGCAAAGCAGUGCAGUAGAUACGGGAGUCUGCGAUACUUUCUGUUACCUUUUUCCGUGUUAAAUAACGGAGUCUCCCUCAUUAUUUUAACUCUGUAAUGUAGAACAACUAGCCAACGUUAGCUUAACUUAAAGAGGACAGUGGACACACGGCACCGUGAGGCGGUUACCUUUUUAACCGACACCCGCACAUCUCACCGCUCCUCUGUUAUGGGACUUUGCCAAAGAAAUUUUGUUCUGGGAUUAUGAAAGGUCAGUUCUUUGCCUGUCGCUCCGUAGCUAGAGGACCAAAGGCAAGCCAUGACAACUAGCCAGCGUUAAAUGUGGGUCCGUUCACACUUUAAUGACUGACUGGUUGUCACCAUGCCGAGCCAAACGACGUCCCCGCCGCUGACAGUGACUGUCGUGGCCGCGCUGUGGGUCAGUUUGGGUCGGUGCGGUGUCUCCGAUUCUCCGGGGCCAGGAUGUGACAAUGGAAAGCUGUCUUUGGACAGGGACCUGCCUGCGGAUGCUGGAUAUUGGGACUGUUCAACGUCUGCUUGGCCAGAGUCUACUCAGAGACCCUCUAGUACUGACAAAGUGUAUGAUCCUGAGCCAGCCAGGCAGAUCUGUAUGGAUAAACCUAUCUCCUACAAUCACACCAUUCCCAACAGUGGAGCGUACAGACCAGUGAGGGCAGAGAGUGGAGAGUACUUGUACUGUCCUCCUCAACGGUGGCUCAAUAACUUGCGCCAUGGAGCUACUGUUUUGCUCCACCACCCCUGUGCUCCUCUCAAUGAGCGUCUCCUUCUGUCUGUCCUGGCCCGCUCCUGUUUGUCAGACUACAUCAUUACCCCACAUCCACAGCUCAGUAAACACAGGCCAAUAGCUUUGGUGUCCUGGGGCCGCACUGUGGAGCUGUCUACCGUGGCCUCCUCAGACGUCUGUGAUUGGCUGGAGGCCACAACAACCACAAGAAAUAAGUUCAGCGGUGUGAACCACAUCAGAGAAUACAACUUGCUGUUGACCCGGCCAGCUAAGCAGCACCGGCUGCAACACACACAUCCAGAGGAACGGUCAACAAAAAUGAAGGAGUCUCUGAAGCAAUGCUGUGAGCACACCAUCUCUUCUCUGCUGAAUGAAGCAAAGGAGCCAGAGCUGGAGUCCAGCAUGAAGAAGGAAAGUUUGAAAAAAAUGGAAAAGGGAGGGAAAAGAAGACAGAUUCGAGCUCCCAUCACAGAAAAACAAGAGAAUGUUAGGGCUGAAAACGAGAGAGACAACACAAUGCACGCAUUCAAGUCUCUGACCAGCCAGACCAACAGAACCAUCCUCAGAAGGAAAGGGGGUGUCCAGAAUUACAACAACACACUUGGACCAUCGGCAGAUUCUCUUCCAGAUAACAGGACUCUCUCAGAUCCGCCUGCUCCAAGGGAAGCUCCUUCUCAAUCUAAGAUACAAAAUCUGAAUCUGAGCCUUACACCCAGGCCCACAACUCCUUUGGGUUCAAAUAUGUCUACAAUUAGGAAUGAUUCUUUAGCAUUUGGGGAUUCUGAGUCUGAGAAAGGUUGGCUGACGAUACAGAGAGCAACACUGCAGCUCAGCCCUAAACAUACUGACCCCAAAAACACACACCCCUCAGCUGACAUGGAUGUUCUUGCACAUGGUGUGAACAGUGAACAUAACCACACUGCAAGGCCUGAAGCCCUGGCCCUAAGUUCCAAAGAUGAAGGUACAGACUCAGCCAAAGAGAGAAAUAAAGACUCUGCUGAACGCAGCAUGAAAGAGAACAACUCUCAAGAGAAAAACUAUGCUAAACAUAUCACAGCAGAUGGCAGGAUGAAGAAUAAUGAAGUAGUAGAUGUAAAAGAAAGAGAGUUGGAGCCUAAGCAAAUACACAGUGCCACACAUUCUCACCACAAAAGUGAAAACAAUGGCUUUGAUUCUGUUUCCAAAUCCCAAUCAGAGUCUCCACCCCAGCCACAACAACACCCAAACCCACAUCCAGCCAUUUACCUGCCUAACAGCCAUGAGUGUGACAGCUGCAAGACAGGCAAACACUGUGACUGCACCAAGGCGUCGGGAGCCGAGGCCCAAGCUACCGUUGUGAAUACGGGGUUGCCGAGGACCCCCAGGACGGACGAGGCGGUGUGGGCAGCAGCAGCACUGGGCUUCCUGUUGGUUCUCCUGACGCUGUCCGUCCUUCACACUCGCCUGUACCGCCACUGGAGGACCACGCCUAGUCUUUACUGGCACGACCCACGGCAGGACUACGACAGUGUGGCAGAUGUGAUCCGCAGGAGGCUGCGAAUUGCGAACAGGAGGCGGAAAAGGGGCAGGAGACAGGAGUGUGUUCUCCUGCCAAGCUCCUCCAGCUCAGAUGAACUUCCGUGAAAAAAUGAAGGGAAACAUCCCCAAGAAUGAGCCCAAGUCUCAUUGCAAGUAGAGGAGAUGAAGAGCGGACUUUGUAUCCCCAAAACAGAAGCGGGAUAUGAUGAAUAUAUCAGACCUGUCUUUUAUCUGGAGCGGUCUUGUACCUACAGUAUGCUGUUUAUCUGACAGGGCUGGACUGGAUCGCCUUUAUCACAAGGGCAGAGGUCUUGCUGGAUAACCAUACUGCAGCAGCUAAAGGGUGAGAUAGAUCCUGUGUCCAAACUGAGUGGACACAAAGUAAUUUGCCAGAGGACUCAUCCGUGUGGUUGCAUCUGGAUUGUUACCUGCCAUGACAGCAUGGCUGGUAUUGUUUUCAACAUGUGACUCUGUCUAUGUGUUUGUGUGUGUGUGUGUGUGUGUGCGCGCGCACGUGUAAUCACGGUUUUCCUGGAGACUACUACUGUAGCGGGAACUACCACAGAGGUGGUUUGGAGUAAUUUGGCAGGAGAUUAUACGUCCGUCUGUCUGUGGACAGAUUUUGUCACCGCAAUAGCAUCACAGGGCCGAGGUCAAAGAUGGGCGUGGUUCAACCCAUGAGUACUGAGUACCCAUGUAAUAUUGUAGUAAUAACUACAGAGUACUGAUUUAAUAAUGUACUCAUUACAUCAGUACUCAUGGGUCAAAACGUCAACAUGUUGACGCACGUCGUGAUUGGUGCGAUCCCGUCGCAAAGUGGUCUCUAGUUUGGGACCAUUAUUAAUUCUGUUUCUCCUUGUGAAGGAAGCCAUGAAAAGGAGAAAGAGCGCUGUACUAUGAACAGCAAGACCGCAGAGGUAAAUGACUUCUUACCAGAUAGUGUAUACAUAAAGACUAACUUAGUCUUAACUUAAACUCAGUAGUCCAAAACUACAGUCCCUAUUUAACAGCCAUCAAAGAAUAAUUCCGAAAGAAUCAAACCCUAUAAUUGUUGCAUCAAAGAAUCCAAGAGAAGCCCUCAGGUUUUAUUUUGUGCAACGGAAAUUUUAGGUUUUUGAAUGACUUCUCAUAAUACAUUUGUGUGAUCAGAGUCUCCUGCACAGCGCUCAGUGUAUAGGGCCCCCUUUUUACACUCAAUGUAUUACAAUCCAUAUUAAGUUUCCAGCUCUGGCCUUAUCAAAUGUUCUGCCAAUGGAUGGUUUUUAUUGUGUCACAUUUUGUCUUUGUUUUUAUAAGUAGGAGUAUGGUAAUAUCAUGCUGCUUUGACCUGUGAAAGUUUAGUAUGUGAAACUUUUAAGUUGCUGUUCUAAGCAACACUGCGUGCGCAGUAUGCGUAGUCACUGAAUGGUACGCACAUGAAUCGCUGUAUUUUAAUGAUGUUUUUAGAUGGACUUUAGAGAAGGAUUUACAUAGACAAUAAAUUCGUUGAUGCAAGUAUUGAGUGUGUGGACUCAUGUUUGAUUUUUUCUCAUAUCUUAUAACAUCAUAAGCCAGUGUUGGCCUAUAAACUUUAUUAUAACUCUCACUUAAAGCUGGACCAAUACUUGAUU